AGAAGAAGAACAAAGCUCUGCCUGCUACAUUAUUUGUAACAUCUCUCUUCUCUGGAUUCACAUUCAUCGUUAUUUAAAAUAAAAUGUAGCGGCGGGAACCAAAUAAAAUUUUGCGGUCCGGAGGCUUUCUCAGGGCAGCAGCCGGCGAGGAAAGACGCUGUUCUCUUCUCAUUCUUGUUUUUGUUGACGAAUUUGUUAGCUCAGCUGCUAGCUUUUUGGUUAGCUCCUCUGUUUUUCAACUGACUGGUCAACGUUGGACAGAGAAAAUCAGCCGUGUUUUUCGUCCACUUCAAAUCAUCCCCCAGCUUUAGUUGCCGAAAUCCUCAGCGAUGGGAAGCCUGGGCAGCAGGUUCCAAUCCCCAUCUCAGGGACCAGAAGAAGCAGCAGAGGGUACAAACAGCAGUCGCAGGCAUAGCUGCGAGUGUAAAAAGAGGAAACGAAAUGCUCAGUGCGACUGUGAAAGUGAACAAGAGGAGGAAGACGACAUACUAGAUACGCCCCGCAGGAAGAAGUUAAAAAGCACGUCAAAAUACAUUUACCAGACCUUAUUUCUUAAUGGGGAAAACAGUGACAUUCGCAUCUGUGCCCUCGGGCAGGAGUGGAACCUCCACAAAGUUUAUCUCUGUCAGUCGGGGUAUUUCUCUAGUAUGUUCAGCGGCUCUUGGAAAGAGUCCAGCAUGAUGGAAAUUAAUUUGGAGAUCCCAGACCAGAACAUUGACACUGAAGCUCUUCAAGUCGUGUUUGGAUCCCUUUAUCGUGACGAUGUUCUGAUCAAGCCCAGCAGGGUCAUCAGUAUUCUUGCUGCUGCUUGUAUGCUGCAGCUGGAUGGCUUGAUCCAGCAGUGUGGCGAAACCAUGAAGGAAAACAUCAGUGCAAAGACUGUGUGUGGUUACUACGCUUGUGCAAGCAUCUACGGCCUGGAUUCAGUCAUGAAAAAGUGUCUUGAGUGGCUUCUUAACAACCUGAUGACCCAUCAAAAUGUCGAUCUAAUGAAGGAACUUGGGGUUGACGUGAUGCAGCAGCUCAUCCAGUCCUCAGACCUGUUUGUCAUGCAGGUGGAGAUGGAUGUUUACACUGCUCUGAAGAAGUGGAUGUUCCUGCAGCUCAACCCGUUAUGGGACGGCCCGAUCAAGCAGCUUCUGGCCGACGCCGACGCCUGGCUUUGCAAACGCAGAGCAGACCUGUGUGAAAAGGAGCCGUUCUUAAACACAGAGGAGGGAGCUCCUUUUCACUCGGUGUUCAAGCUUGUGCGUCUUCAGUAUAUCAUCAACGAUCUGGCAUCUGCACGCAUCCUGGAGAGAGACAAUAUUUUACCUCCGGACUGGCUAACAGCAAUGUACAAGAACCAGUGGUUUGCCAUGCUCCGGACAGAAUUUGACAACGAUAAUGGUCCUCAAGAGCCCAACAAAGAGGAGUUUGAGUUGAACAGUAUGAGAUGUGGCAGGAAAUUGAGUAAAGAUGGAGAUUACUGCUGGCGGUGGACGGGCUUCAACUUUGGGUUUGACCUGCUGGUGACUUACACAAACCGGUUCAUAGUUUUUAAAAGAAAUACCCUGAGUCAGCCAUGUGGGGGCGCUGUUAGUCUACAACCUCGAAGACAUCUUGCUUACAGGUUACGUCUCGCCUCCUUUGAUAGCCGAGGGAAACUGGUCUGCAGCCGCUCAACAGGUUACCAGCUCCUCACCUUGGAGAAAGACCAGGAGUACGUGGUGAUGAACCUGGACAGCCGGUUGUUAUCAUUCCCUCUCUACGUGUGCUGUAACUUCCUGUAUACUUCCUCUCUAUCAGACCACCGUCCAGAUUCCUCUGAACAAGACGGCACGGCUCGUGUCUUGAUACCGUCUCAAUAAACAUGAACUGCCGCCAUCCCUGUGGUGAAGUGGAAACACUGAUGCCGUCUUAGAUUUACAAUCAAACACCACUUUCACUUUGGACAACAUCUGCAUGCUCGAUUAUUUUUUUAGCUGACCGGGGACAUUCUUUACACUUGCAGGGGGUUGGCACAAUCUGAGUUAGCCUUUUCUAUACUGGGUUUACAACAUAACA